AAAUAAAGAGGAGAAAGGACAUUUCUAAUAAUAGAAAUAGUGCAGUUUUGCAUAUUAUAAUUGACAAGAGCGUGAAUUAUUAUGAAGACAACCAGUUGGAUUUGCUGGCUCCUCGCCGUGUGCAUCUGCCUUUCCGAAGCAAAGAAUAAGAUUAGGAGACCGUUAACCCCAUCAUAUGGUUCGACGCUGGUAUUAAAAAAGCCUCGGCCUAUCAAUCAAAGAAUAUCUAUGGGGAAUACCAUUCAUAUCGGUGGUAGUCUGUCUCAUCAGAGAAUACCUUAUAAGCAUGUCAAUUAUAGAAUUCGUCGACCGAUAUACAAUGUUUUGUCGACCAACUGGAAGAAUCAAAUUCCAAUGCGAGCAAUAUCCACCCCGAACAACCGUGCAAUUUUACCACAACGUGCUCCUAUUAAAGAAUUUUAUUCUAUAAACAAAGUACCAGAAUAUAGUCCGGAAUAUAAACCAGAAUUAUCAAUUUUGCCAUCUACUCAUCGAGAGAGUGUCGAUGAUGACAAAGGACCUAUCCAUACGAUCCCGGCACCAAAUUUGAGCCCGGCAGAUAAGCCUUACAAUACGGGUCACAAUGCGGAAGAUAUUGCGAAUCAUCGGCCGUAUUCGAGCGAUCUCAAUUUUCAUAAUCCUAUGCAAAACUCUAGAAGAAUCACCUUUGGAUUAGCCACCAUUAGCGAUAAUCUACCAUCGCAAAGAACAGCGACGAGUUUGAUUCCGUCGCAACAUCAAUAUCAAGUUACAGAGAGCAACGAUGUGACUCUAAAGGAAUAUCCAACUUUUCAGCCGACUACUUUUCAACCGCAGGAUUUAGAUAUAACGAAAUUAUACUCGAUUAUAAUUAACAAUCCUCAACCGCAAUCCAACGAGCUUUUCGCAAAUCAUCCUGUUAAUUCAGAUACGAGUAUUAUAGAUUCGAAUCUGCAAUUUGGUCAAUCAAAUGUGCCAAUGAACCUUCAAACAAAUCUUCACGGUCCCCUAAAUAUUGGAUUUCCUUCCACUGUUAUUCAGCAGACACCACCGUAUACCAUUGCGCAACAGAUACCAACGGAUCUUCACGUAGGUCAUCCGGCUCCAGCAGGACCACCGUUGUCAGCUACACAACUCUACGAUCUAUUGAAUAAUUUCCCACACAAACUUGCGGAGCGAUAUGCAACAGAUCAGCAUCAUGUCCUUCAGCAGCAAUUUGGCCAAACACUUGAACCAGACGUGGCGACAAGCUUUUCUCAACCGCAAAUGCACUCUUUCAAUUACGACGAACAGACCAACCAGCUACAACAACGGCAACAGCAGCAGAUAUUACUCGACCAAAAUUACGCCUCCGAAAGUGUCACGGCAGAUUACAAUCUUGAUUCAAAAUCUCCACUGGAUAUACGUAAACAAAAUGUUAAUGCGCGUUCUAGCGAAGAAUUUAUAUAUCCUAUAGACGGAGACGAACAAUCUGAGAAUAAUAUCGAAUAUGAAGAAACGAUCGAUCAAAGAAAUCCGGAGACAUAUUUCGAUAAAGUGCCUCAUAAUGUUAUAUCGACAAGAUUCUAUACGACACUUCCCAACAGAGAAGCUGCUGAAAAAUUAGCCGCGCUAGCCGCUGCCGGUAACGUUAAUAGUCGUCUUAUUGGCCAACUUCGAAAACAAGAAAAUAUGCGGGAAGACGAACCAAUGCCGCUUAAUCAUAAGAACGAUGACGAUGACGCGAUAACAGGUCAACAUGUCGAGUCACAAAUCGAUGAUGAUCAACGGCAGGAAUAUAAUAAAUCGAAAUCAAGUCAGAAUAGUCAGCAACACCAUAAACAAAACCAUAGGGUACAAAGUGAUGAGAAGUUACCUCUGCAAAUUACGGUAUCUGAUGAAAGCGACUACGUUAUGAACAAUGACGAUCGAAGCGAUGUAAGAAAAGAUGAUGUGGUAGACAUGGAAUAUGAGUAUGAAAAUGAAGAUGGGGAAAUUGAAAAUACGCAAUCUGCGACUUUAUUCAAUGGAAAAACGACGUCACGCGACAAUAACUUCCACAUUUCCGAAUUUGGUAGUCGUUUGCAUUCUUAAAAGAUUGGAAAAAUCAAAUAAAAAUUAUUAUCGCGCGUGAGCACGUACAUAUAUAACAUUAAUAAUUGACGAUUGUUGGAAAAAAAUAGUGAUAGUAUAUUGUAAAUUAAUAAUUUAUUUAAAGUCAUACAUCCUCACAGAAGACGUGUACUUACCAUCUUGUUAACAAAUGAUCAAUGAAAGUUCUUUGUUGAUUUUAGAACUUUAUUUAUAUUGCUCCAGGUAUUUAUGCAUUAUUACUUUAUAAAGGCACACAUACAUUGUAUGUAUGUUAUGUACAUACGACAAGUACGUAUGUAAAAAUAUAUAUGUAAAAAUGGAUAUAUUAAUAAUAAUGUCACAUAGUAUACGUAAUCGACACUUUGUAUCAAGUACAAAUUAUUAGUUUAUUAUCUUUAACUUUUUCUUCUCAUAAAAACUUACAGUUUUAAUCUUAGAAUUUAAGUAUUCAAAAUUAUUAUAUACUGGCAAGUGCGCGUAACAAAUGCCUCUACAGAAAAUUGAAAGGGUAACCAAAUUAUAUCGUAUUUAUUCUUAUUUCUUGUUAUUAUUACUGUACAAUCGCAAAAACAGAAAGUUAUUUUAUCUUGUAGAAUAUAUAAGGUUGAGUAACUUGGAUUAGAUAUAUCUAGAUUCUUCUAUUGAUUCUCAUAUGAAUUUCAUUUUAGAUAUUGUAAGAAAAUAAAGAAUACGUUACUACAA